GUUGAAAAUAUAGUAAGACAGCAACAAAGUAUAGAUACAGUUAUUGAUUAAAAGGUAUCAUUUAAAAUUCAAGACAUGACAGUGUGUGGAAAGUUUGACGUAAAUGGUUACCCCAUUUGGUAUGAAAAGUUCGGCACUGGAAGUGAUGUAGUCUUACUAAUACCCGGAGCAUUAGGGACCGGGAGGAGUGAUUUUAAGGAGCAAUUGGAGGGACCGCAUGCUUUCGACCUCAAACGCUACACUUUUGUGGCGGUAGAGCUGCCGGGUUGGGGCCGAUCACGACCGCCCAUUAGGGCCUAUGAUCUCGAUGUCUACCACAGGGAUGCCGACUGUUGUUUCAAACUUAUGGAAAACCUGGGUCAUCAAACAUAUUCAAUAAUCGGUUGGUCAGACGGCGCCAAAGUAGCUCUUCUCAUGCCUUACCUGAACCCCAAUCGUAUCACGUGUUCGGUGGCCAUCGGGAUCUUUGUUAGGGCCACAAAACAGACAAUCGCUCCCUUGAUGUUGACCCGGGAUACUAAGAGGUGGCCAAAGGAACAGUACGAUACAUACCUUGAGAUAUACAAUGAUGAGGACACCUUCCAACUCGUGUGGGAUCAACACAUCAACUUCUGUAGGGUUGCAAUGGAAGUCUGUGGCGAUGGCCUCCAUUUGGUGCCCCCGGAAACACUCAGACAAAUCCGAUGCCCAGUACUUCUAGUUCACGGCGAUAAGGAUCCGCUCAUAGCUCUGGAGCACCCGUUGUAUUGCAAGGAAAAUAUUCCGGACUCUGUGUUACACCGAUUCCCCGGCGGUUCACACAAUUGUCAUCAAGUGUUUGCCGCAGAGUUUAAAAAAGUCGUACAAAACUUCUUUGACAACUGCGAGUCCGGAGGCUUUUGAAGUAGUUUUACUGCUUGUGAAUCGCAUUUAUGUAUAUUUUUAAUUUUUAUGGAUCAGUUAUAAUACAAUUAUAUUUAUUUAGUCAAAAUAUUUAUUAAGGUUUCAUUUGAU